AUGAUUUCAGAUGAUGAUGCUAAUUGGAACAAUCGAGACGAUAUGGUUUUGGCAACAGAUUCAGAUACGGGUUAUAAUCCUGAUGGAAUGACUGAAGGUGUGACAAGAGCUCAGAAAGGUCUGGCUGAAGCCAUAAGUUUGAAUCCUUUGACUCGUCAACAGAAAAAACGGAAAAGAAAUGUGCGACAUUUACUAUCAAAUUACAUUCGUUGGGGAUCGUGUAAUACACCCAUGCUAUCUAUCAGAAGCGGCGAUGACUUAGAUAUACCAGUCGAAACGUUGGAUCUGGAAUCGACAGAGCAUCUCAACGAUAAAAUAUCCAAUGAGAAGCCUAUAGAAGAAACAGAUUUAAUUACUUCAAUUAUGUUCGAACAAGCAAAAACUUUGGCACCUGCUCGAUAUCAGUGCAUUUUACGUGACGGUACAAUCGGUGAAAGUGAACAAAUGAUCAAUCAGAGACAAAAAAAAAUCAUGGCUUGUAAAGAAUUAGUUUCUUCGGAAGGCUUAAAGGAUUUGGGAACAAUGUUUUGCACUCUAUAUUUCAGUUUCGUAAGUAGAGCAAAAUCACGAGAAGGUGAUGAGACUUUGAAUUUGAUGCUUCUGCAAUGCGAUUCAGAUGAAAACAUAUCAAUGUAUUCGGCUGGCAGCAGUCAUAUUGAUGCGAAAGAAAAACGGAAGAGACGCCCAUCACGUUGGGGCACUCCUACUACUUCAAAAAUCCAUGAUAAUGCUAUUAUAACUGCUUCAAUACCUCUUCCUUUGGGACCGCCAUUGACACAGUCAACAGUUUCUUUAGAAAAUAUACCUGUACCUUCAACGGACCAGCAGCCGGCACAGUCGCAAGUGACGCUACCUUCAAGGCCAUCUGCUCUCAAUACGGCUCCGUCUACGUCUUUUGCGCUCAAAUCGACAUCGAUACCAUCAUUUGGAAUGGUUACUGGCCAACCGCAGAUCAGUUUGGCUCCAUUUGCUGGUUCAGGCCUAGGUCAACAAGCUCUCGGUUUGAACCAGCAGUCUAUAGUUACUCUAGGACAGCAGCAAAUAACCAGUCUAAGACAGCAAACUUUAGCUGGCUUAGGACAGCAACCAGUGCCAGGUUUAAGCCAGCCUCAGUUGACAUCUAUUGGACAAGGAUCAUUAGUUCAAAUGCAGCCAUCUUUGUUGCCGAAUUUCUUCUUACCACCGCUGAAUCUAGGUGCAAUGAACGGUUUACUGGCGGCAGGUCUGCUUGCGAAUAACAAUCCAUUGGCAGCUCCACCAAUCACUCAACCGAUGGGUCAACCAUCCUCUGCAAGCACAACUCCUUUUAUGUUGAAUCCAGUGCAGCUUUCAGCAGCCUCAGCUCAACAAUUGAAUCAACAUUUUGUAAAUUUGGCAACAACACUACGACGUAAUGUAGAUACGGUUGCUGAUUCCGCACAUUUGUCUCAACAGCCUUCUAAACAGCCUGAGGGCGUUCCGCCACCCCCACCGGUCAUGAAACCGUCUGAAUCUACAUCCAGCAAUAUAUCUCUUUGUGAACCGCUAGCUGAAAAAAUCAGGAAAUUAAUUGAAGCUAGUAAUGUAAGACCUCUGUGCGACUCAAGUGUCGAGGACAGUACCACAAAAAUUGGUGUUACAGUAGAUGAUGAAAUAAACAAUGUGGUGCCAUGUGAUGAUUCAAAAGUGGGCGAGUCGGGACGUAAAAGUGCUAGUGCAGAUGACGAAGAAACUGGCGAAGCUGUCAAAAUAAAAAAAUUUCACAAGAAUGGUGCAAUGUUCGAGGAAGCUCGACGGAUGCUUUCUUCUUCACUUAAAAAAGUUUACAGAUUGAAGCAAAUUACUAAACAAGAAUAUAAAGAAAUAAUGAAAAAAGGUGUGACGGCAUUAUCUCAGCGCACAAAAUUGGAUCAAAGAAAGGUGGAUGAGUAUGCAGCGAAGUGUUCGGAACUCUACACUGCUCUGAAUACACUCCUUACUGGGUUUUAUUUAAGCAAUUGUGAACACGCAUGCUUGUCUCCUCAUUUAUUCAGUUACCGAAAAGCAAAACAGGGAAUCGCGGCAAUAACACAGUGA